AUGGAUCUACUUUUAGAUCGAACCAGACUCCAGGAUCAGGAGCUAUGGGAUGCCAUUAGCCUUGGCAUUAACCCAUUUGUGAAAAGAUUUCUGGCCGAGAAUUUCGUCAAACACGUCCAAGAACCAGUCAUGUUUUGUCGCGAUGGCUCUGGUCCAGACAGAUAUUUUCUUGGCAAUCCACGACACCUGAUGUCAGGCACUGGAAUCAUUCUCGCUGCCGCUGAGGUGGAGCCCAUUUGGUUCGAGCAACCCGGCUUGAAGUACCAGAAGGCUACCAUGUGUCAGUCGUCACUGCCACGCAAACAUAUCAAGAUUCCAAGACCACCGAAUGCGUAUAUUCUAUACCGCAGAGAUCGGCAUACCCUUGUGAAGCAAAGCGAACCACAUUUGUCGAAUAACGAAGUUUCACAAGUGCUAGGUAAAGCUUGGAAUGCUGAACCUCCAGAGGUCCGACAACGCUACAAGGAAAUGUCGGAAAAGAUCAAAAGAGCUCUCCUUGAACGGUAUCCCCAGUACCAGUAUCAACCCCGGAAGCCAUCUGAGCGAAAGCGACGCCGAAAGCGCCAACAGGAUACCGAAUCUCAGAGCAGUGAGACCACAUCAGCAACACCAGACAGCGACAUCAUGGCAGGGAGCGAGCUCUCAAUGAGCCCCGAGUCAAUCAACUAG